GGCACACAAGAUCGAAUCCAUGAUAGGGAAGUUCGCAAAGAAGCUGAAAUGAGAUGGCUCGAUGAAAUCUUAUCUCAACUGGAUAGUAUGAUCUCAAAAAUUUGCCAAUCACGAAAGCAACAUAGAAACCUUAGACAUGCUGCAACCCUCGCUGAUUCACUGGUAAAGAGUAUGAAGAGGCUGGUGGAGACAUAAGAUUUAUACGUCACUUGGUUGACUCAGUUGAUGCUGUUUUAACUAAUGCUUAUGUAUUGGAACUACUCUGGCAAGAACAAGCUGCUGAGGGAGAUAACGAAAUUCGUGGUCACUUGAAGAAUUUAGUGAGUCCGCUUUUUCUAUCAAUCUUACUUAUACUCGCCGACGUAUUUAGUCAGUCCGCAUUCACGAGUGAAGCUGCACAGUCUGAUCUGUAUCCAUUAUGGGAUGACAAAGCCAAUGUAAAUAAAUUUAUUGGAAACAUAACAAAAAUGAAUGAAAUGCCCGUUCUAGAAAAUCCCUUGAACAGAAGGCUGCGUUUACAAUACCCAAGUAUCCAAGAAGGGAAUUUUACGCCAAAUUUUAGUAAACCCGAUCAGCAAGUCAACAUUUUACAACAUGAUGUUCAAUUCCAACCUCGGGUACGACAUCGUUCACAACCGUUGACACCAGAUGACAUCAUCAGAACAACUGAAGAUAGAUUGAAGCAAUUGACGUCAGAAAUAGUACGAGAAGCUCCAAUAUUUUUAGCGAUGGGCGAACAGGAAGAAAAUGUAAUAAAGAUGUUUGAUGUCAAGUCGUUUGAUUACCACAGCUCUGAAAGUCUGCGUGAACAAAAUAACAAUGAAUUUAUUUCAUUUGCUAAACAUCUAAACCUUUCAUUUCAGGUAACCUUUCAUUUCCACGACACCGCUGCUGUGAAGUAUGUUCUGGGAUAGAGUGCUCAUGCUUUCUUGACCAGUACAUAGCUCUUAAAGAAAGAGUCCGGGAUAACAAGGAGAGAUUCAAGAAUUUUUGGUUUGUUGAAAACGAAGCACAUCAGAUUACAUGGAAUACCUCUAAUGUUUUAUGCUGCUUUCAAUAAACGGAACAUGGCUUAUACGUGAAGGUAUACCGGAUUUGGUUGAAAUCAUCGAAAUUUGCCUCGUUAUGUCCAGAUCUCAAUCAGAUACAGAACGAUUUGGGAAACUUGCUAAAGAUGUGUCCGAAAAAAGAUCUGGUGGAAAAUUUAACGAAACGCAUCAAGACCAAAAUAAAAGGGACAGAGUUAAUCAGGAAACAUUUAUUUAUGGUAAUUCAGUUCCACUCCAUUCCCUUCCGCUCGAAGAUCUGAGGAAAGAAUGGAGUAAAACGCAUUUACCAGCCAUUUUAAGGACCAAUCCAGACAAGGAAAGUUCGACCCUGAAGGCUCUCCGAAAUAAAGAGCAAAAAGUAAAAUUUUGGUUUCGAAAACAAUAAACAUAACUAAACAAUGAAGUACACUUAGUAACUAUUUAGCACUAAUAAAUGAAGCACUGUAUUGACAAUAGUAUAUAAUUUGUUUUGAGCAUGGAUAUUGGAGUUUGGUUAUGACUUAUCGGUUUCACUCUCAGGGACUUAUCAGUCAAAACAUAAUAAAUUGCUAUCACUGAAAUCCUUUAUCUUAUUCUUAAUAUGCAUGCAGACAGUGAUGCACUUAAUAUCAUCACAAAAUGACAAAUAUCUAAACAGCUAAAUAUAAUAUACGUAUAUAACAUAAGAUGUUAUUUUAGGAAGAUUUAUUGGCAGCAACUAUUUACCACUAACCAGGAAAUUAAAAAGGGCCGGUACAUGCACUUGAUGCAAAAUUGCUUUAUUGCGCAAUAAAAAAUUGAAAAAUGAGGCAACAAAACAAAUAUUAGGCUAACCCCAGGCACGAGAGAAAUGCUAUUUGGAGCCCUGAAAAUUGAGGUUAAGAAAACACAGCUAUCCUGCUAAGAGAAAGAAAUCUGUGACAUUUAUGCAAGCUGCAUAUAUAAUAUUGUAGAAUAUGUCCUGCCUGUCUUUGAGUCAGUCCAUCAAGUGAUGAAGACGACUCCUUAAUAAGAAACAAUAGAAUAGGUAAAAAAUGUAUUUUUCAUUGCCGACAUUGGUUUGCUGCUACUGUAUUUGCGAACCACUGAGAUGUGUCAUAUUGCAAAGACUCCAAAAGCAGGGCUUUCCAGGUGGUUUGAAUUUUCAAGUGUAAACGUGUGAGCUUUCAUGCCUUAUACAAAUUGUCAAAUGUAAAAUAGGAAUUUAGACUAAAUAUAUAUAUAUAUAUAUAUAUAUAUAUAUAUAUAUAUAUAUAUAUAUAUAUAUAUAUAUAUAUAUAUAUAUAUAUAUAUAUAUAUAUAUAUAUAUAUAUAUAUAUAUAUAUAUAUAUAUAUAUAUAUAUAUAUAUAUAUACCUACCUAGACCUACUUUGUGGAUGCAUAUGUUUUCAUAUUUUUUCUAGUUGAAAAGGCACUGGAUUAUGAAUAUAUGCCAUGUUGUUUUGAAAAUAUAGGUGGCCAAAGUUGUGAUUUUUUUUGGACAACCAGUUUUGACACAUCCAGGCUAAAAGCAUGAAUGACCCUAUCCUGAAAAAUCCUUUGGCAGUGAAGAAAAAAAAUUGAAAGUCGUCAUGACAUUCUCCAUUAAAAGGAACAAAGGGAAUAUUGAAUUAUACAGAAUAAAUAACAAACUGAGAUGGCCAAUUACUAUUAAUGAUUUCAGUGACGGCAUUAAUGGGAACUGCCAAACAAAAUGCUCCCUCCCCCUAUUUAGGGAUAUCUAUUGAAUUUUAAAAUAUAUAUAUUGAAUUUGAAAAUUAUUUGAUAAAAGGUGCUAGUAAAAAGGCAAGGAGAGAAGUUGUAACAAAACAAAAGUUAAAGCAUGAAGAUUAUGAAGCUGGGGUUAUUCCAACUGAGUGGGAAGGUAAAUUAUUUUCUAAUGAUAAAUUAUUUGCUUGUAUUAAUCACUUAACACAACAGUAGUCAGAUAUCUAGCUUGAUUACCAUCUUUCCACAUAAUUCUGUCCAUGGUUUUACAAGAUCCACAGAUUGUAAAAAUACUUACCAUAAGUCCUCUAUUAAACCACCUUCCUCAUUUAACCCCUCCUCUCGCUGUAUAGCCCCCUCUCUAACAAGCCCCAAUUUUGGGGAGAAGAGACUUUUUAAGCCUGGUCUCUAUUAACCCCCUCAAUUAAACCCCCUUCAUGUAGCCUCUCCUUUAUUAAGCCCCGUUUAUAUGCUCUUCCUUUCGUUUAUAUGCUCUUCAGAUAGUGCAUGCCCCACCCUCAAUGUGCCAGAAUAAAUAAGCUACUUGUGUGGUGGCUAAAUUUUAUAAUUGAAGGUUUAUGGUGAUAAAUAUCCCAAGCGUGCAUGAGCCUUAUAUUUCUCCAGGUUAUAGAAUUGUAUAUUAUGUACCAUUGGAUCUAACAUAUUUUUAUUUAAUUUAUUUCAUAGCUUGGCUAAGAGGUUCUGUAGAUAAUCCACCAACACAUGAAGUAUGUCCUUAAUUGACAGUUUACAUGAUUUGUAAUGGUAUAAUAUUUGCACUGAAGUAUUGUAAUUUGCAACAAUUGGAGAGAGCACAGUAGCUCUAUAAUAAUUGACUUUCAGACUAAAAUUCAUUCUAAUAACUCAUUCUCGUAUCCAGGUCCCUUAGCUUUUCACCAUUCCACCAUGCAUCCCAGAGUAAACUGAAUAAAGUAUAGUAUUCCACCAUUCCAGAGUAAAGUAUAGUGGCGUUGCUGUUAUGUUUCUCCUAUAGACGGAUAGAAAUGAAUUAUGACUGACAAAGUACUGUGAAACUAGUUUUAAGCUGUAGGCCUACUACAACUUUGGCUAUUUUAGCUGCAUAAAAUACAACGUUCCUUGGAACGUAAAACUAAAGCUAUUCCUAAAUAUUAACUUGAAUUGUGCAGGAUUUGCUAAAAAAGCAACAGCAACAAAUGGUGUUAUCAAAAAGAGUACUUGAAGUUAACCGUCGAGAUAAACAGGUAUGACAAAUCACCGUUCCGCAAUAACCAAUAAUAACCAAUAAUCUAUUGGCGUUGUAAAGCCACUGUAUGCAAUAAAAUAUUGCGUUGUAACUGAAGACAAAACCACAAGCAUUGGACAAAGGUUUUAAUUAUAAAUGUAAUGGCCCUAAAAGGGAUGUUGGCCGAGGCUGGGAGGUUACUAAAAAGAAGGUCACCAACUUUACUUUAGGGGCUAAGGGUUAGGGUUAGGAUUAUGAUCAGGAUUAGGGAACUAGGAUUAGGAUUAGUUUUUGGAUAGGGUUAUUGUAAUUGCAGACCAUUACAACCCAAUACUUUAUUGCAUACAAUGGCAUUACAACGCCAAUAGAUUAUUGGUUACAACGUGUGGAAUGGCUGGACAAAUUAUAAUAUUUUUAGAAGAACAGGAUAUAAUAAUUAUAAUAUUUACAACUUACAUAUCGAAGUGAAAAUAUAGUGAUGCACCGCUUUACUAACGAACGUUACACAAAAUUUUAUUUGUUUUUUUGCAUAAUUAUGUAUGACAAAAUUGACUAGAUAACGAUGAGAUGGUCUACAUCAUUCCCGCACCUGACCCAACGCCUCACUCUAACUCAUCGCGCUCAUUCUAACCCCCGAUCAGGCGAUUUCAAGAGUUUCCUGAGAUUCGAUCCUACGACCAGCUUACAAGCCUAAACCAUACAUUGGACUGCCGAGCGGUUCACCAAAUGUAAAGUAUAUUGCAAUUUAUACGUGGUAUGAUGCUAAUUAGCAUACGGACAAAUAUAUAGCGUUUACACAUUGCGAUCCGGGUGUUAGACGAAUAACCACUUUUUUGUCCUUUUUGUAAGCUGUGACUCGCGUACAAUCGACGAACGAACGCCGUGAGAUGCGUUGCGAUCUAUUUUGCUUCAAUUUAUAUUUUUCAUUGUUUACGCAUGGAACUGUAUAGAUAUAUGUUUGUUCUUAAAAAAUAUUGAUUGCGAUGUUUUAAAUAUUUUCAGCUUCAAGAGCAAGAAUAUUCAGGUAUGUACAUGCAGUUAUGAUUUCUGUUGUAGAACUAACCGAUUAAAACCCUCGAGACAGUGAAAGUGCCUCCAAUAUUAAUUUUGCACCAAGAAUUCGCUGCACGUGAGUAGUAUAUACAUCUAGUAAUUAGUAAUAAGUCUGCUAAGUCGAGAGUAGGCUAUUAUUAUUAUUGAUGGUGACUACCCUAAAAUUCAUGUAAGUAGAAUUAUGGUUGGUUCGAGCGAGGUUUUUCUCCGGGUAUACUCCAAGUUUUCCUCCCUCACCAUUAACCAGUGAGGCCGGAAAAUUGUCCGAAGGUUGUCGGAAAUUGUCAAAGUUGUCGACGGGGGGGGGAGAUUUAAAAUGGUGUCGUCCGGAAAAUUUUUGGUUUGUCGGAAAAAUCCCCCCCCCCCCCUAUUGUUGACACCCGUCGGAAAAUUGUCAAUGUUGUGUCGGAAAAUGUCAAAGUUGUCGACGAAAUUUAAAAUGUUGUCCGGAAAAUGUUUUGGUUUGUCGGAAAAAUUUUCGGUUUGUCGGAAAAGUACUGCCCUUGGCCCCCCUAAAACAUGGGUCCCACGGCGCCACUGCCGUUAACUAACCCUUCAACUAGCGCCAGCGGCGGAAAUUUCGGUGGGGUUUUGAGACAACUGCCCCACCACCUUUAUGGGAAAUUUUAACCCGAAAAAGGCUAAAAUAAAAACAGCCAAAUUUGGGUUUGUGAAUUUCCCAUGCCACUGCACAUGCCUUAAGCCGUUUAAGAUUCCAUAUGGUCGCAACGGUCGUAAAGAUAGUCACGAUCUUUCUCAACGGCCAGAUAAUAGUUUUUAUACCUGUAAACCACAUAUAAGUCAUAAGUAUUCUCUAUUUAUAAUCACUCUGCCUAUACUAUUAGUGUUAAACUGUUGUAUUUCAGCUGUUGAGAAAGAUCGUGACUCAAUCUUUACAACCGUUACGACCAUGCAUAUGGAAACUAGGCUUCAUAAGCUUAGCUAUGGUCCGUGAAAAGACAUGGCUCGCAUGCUGUGCCCGGUAAGGCUCUGACUCUGUCACGUUUGAGCUGGGUUCGUCGCCUUUCAGCUCUCAGCUAUACAAGGAAAGAUAAUUACCACCAUUAUUUUCACUCUAAAAUAUCAUACACGAUGAGAAGGUGUUUACUAUAGUGAUUUAAAAAAAAGUACAGCGGAUCACCUUGAAGACACCUUGUCGUACUUUGCAGCUGUGACUAUAUAUAGAGCUUUUUAAAACAAACUAGCGUUUGCAUAGAAAGUGAAACUAGGAAAAUAUUCUCCUUAAGAGUGUUUGUUAUGAAAACAACGUUAACAACAAUACCAUGCUGAUUUCUUUUUUUGCUCACGAAUUGUUAAUACGAUAAAGAUUAACAAAAGCUCUAGUCUUUAUGACACAUUAUUUUUACCAAUCCUCGUAGUUUUUCCAUAGCGUCAACGACCACCUUCAUGGAAGUGAUUUUUUGUUUGAGACUUCGUUAAAAUCCUCUCAGGACAUAUACAAUACAUGUAAAAGUAUCUCUUAAAUGUCUUAAAAUUAACAUAUUGAUCUAAUCCAAAUAGGAAUGAUUAAUAUCCCAAGAAAAGUGCAUUAUGUCUAUUAAGUCGUUUUAGUUUUCAAUUGCAGCCCUUCCAUAUUGACAGAAGUUUUUAUUUUAAAGUACUUAGUGACUCUUGAGUUAAAAACUGAAACACUUAAUUGACCUAAUUUUGACGUGAUUUCUUGGUAUAUUUUGCCUUAAAUCUUCGUAAUCGAGUUAAUAUUGAAGCUGAAUGGUUUUCCAAAGGCCCGUUUACACUUUUUACACUAGUAUACGAUUUUGUUCUUCUGCGGAUGCAUGUGAAGAGGUGAUGAGUUAUGAAUGUUCUGAGUAUUUGUACCAACCUCAUCUGAACAUUCAUAAGUCAUCCACUUUCACCAUUGUACCCAUAAAAUCGCAGCAAAAAUUACAAGUGUCAAACCAUGACGCCAAAGUGACAACAUCAGAACAUCUAUAGAUUAUAGUAUAUUGACAUUUCAGUUAAAGUCAACAACAUUUUAAAUCCGAAAAAAAGUGUGGAUUAUACCUAUAUGAAAUUUAAGUAAUGGAGUUGUAUAGUCUGCGAAGAUGCAGGCAACUUAUUCUUCCAAAUCAUUAAAUUUAUCAAUGAUUAAUGUGGUAGGUUGAUAUUUAUGCAUGUCUAGAAUCAUCCGGCUAUAAAAUUAUUGAACUGAGACUAAUUCUGUAGGAUCUGAUCAAUGAAAAUAACUGAUACAGCACAGUUGACAAAUUUUGAAAUGCCAUCAUGUGGCCAAAACAAGGCAUUAUGUUAAUUGAUUAACUUUCUCAUGAACAUGAUGUUGGAACUUGAAAGGCUGAUUAUACUUGUUCAAAGUACCCAUGCAACACCUUAAGUUAAUUAAGAGUUAGCAAACGGAAAGAACAACAAGGAAACACUCAAAACGUCAUGCAGCACCCGAGUGCAACAAAAUUGUGAAAAAUAUUUAUACUAUAUCUAUAUAUAUAUUUAUUUAUAUCUUGACAUGUUUUGUGAGGAUUGUGACAUAAUAAUACUAUUUAGCUCAACACCAGGAACAUUCCUAUUUUCUGCUUGGUUUUACCACCCACUGACACUGUAACAAUGAUUAACAUAUGCGUAACAACACGUUUUCUGAACUGUUCCUCAUCCACUGAAUCAAGUACUGCAUGACAUGUACCUAAUUUUAGUGUGCAGUGAUAAAGUGAAAGUGUGCUGUGAUAAACAGUAAAAAAUGCACAUGCAUUGAUAACAUUUGCUGUGAGAAAUUCUUAAUUCGAGCAAUGGCUGUAACUAAAAAUAUUUAAAAAUUAAUGCGUGCAAUAAAAGCGAUCAAAUCCACCGUUUUCUAUUCUAUAAUUGAUUCAGCUGUAGACUAUAUUCUAUUUUUUUCUGAAAACCCCUGAUUAAUAGAAAACGGUGGAUUUGAUCGCUUUUAUUGCACGCAUUAAAAAUUCCGGAUUGCUAUUUGCGACAGGCAUGGAUUUCACGGUGUGUCGUUCGUAAACAUUUCCUGCACAUGGGAGUACCAGUUGUCUUGAGUUCCGGCUGACUGGCAGACUCUCUAUUGCUUAUGGAAUCUGUAGUGAUAAAUUUCAUAAAUUACGUAUGCUGUAUGAGUCAUAUAUCCUAGAGUCGAGUUAAAUACUUCUUCCUAAAGGUAAGUAUGGUUUGUUUACUUUUGCACCUAGUUUAUAGUAUCAACUUCUGUUGCUAACCUGCGUAAACUAGUGUGCAGUCCAGGGUGGUCUUUGACCAAUGGCAAUAUAUAAGUAUAUGGAGGUUUGAACUCCAUUAGCACUGUAAUUCAUGCACUUAUAAUAAUUAAUUGAAUUUUUUUAUUAUUGAGUAUAAUAAUUAAAAGUAAUUUACUGUAAUUGUACAAUUGUUUAUAAAGACGUCCUUAUUUCGUUGCCGACAGACUCGAAAUGAUUACGUUUUUGUACUAUAUUAAUGUAAUUAACUAAUAAUAUUAAAUAGAUUUAUGUGGAAUUACAGCACCAAUUUGGCGGACAGUAUUGGAGAAAACGUCCCAUUUUAUUUAGUAUGGACACCCUGGAAUCUUUCUUGCAAUCUAUAUAUAGUAAAGGAAUAGUAAUAUUAUAAUUUUUGUUUUCCUGUACAAUAAUCUGGGUACCAUUAGGUACAAAUUUGUUAAUAUAUUAGUUAUGUACUUUAGUAUUUAGAACGUGUGGCUACAUAUAUACUAGUAGUAAUAUGGUUUCGAGUUCGAAGGAGUGUAUGUUUUUCCAAAUUGCACAAGAAAUCACUCAUGAUCAUUUGGAAUGACACGACAGUCAACAACUGACAACUUAAAAAUGUCAGAAGUCAAAAUUUAUAAAUAAAAUUAUUUAUCGUUUUUAUCGUAUCAUUUUUUUGCACGAAAUGUUAAGAUAAUAAUCAGAAUUGAGUAAUUUUUCGUGUAUAUAUAUAGAAACAGGGUUGGUAAUCUUGUUUUUAUUAUAAACAUGGAAGCGUAGAAAAUUGGGACAACAUCUGAUGUAUUUAACCUCCAAGAUAACGAGUAGUUAAUUAAAGUCCGAACGAUUAUGGAUUUCUAUUUUAUCACAAUAGUCUCUGUCCUAAUCCGCGUGACAAGACAAGAGACGGGAUGAUUUUGAUGUAUGGAAUUAAGUUGAACGGUAUAUGAUUCAGGAAAAUUGCGUCAUUGUCAUGGUAAAGUUUGCUGAGAAACAUUUCCCGUUAGACUUGAUAUGUUACAAUACGUCAAAAUUAUCACAUUUUCCAUUCCUUCCCAGCGAACAGGGAUCAUGUACACAAACUGUAAAUUGAUCAUACCACGUACAUGCAUGCAUGCGAUCACUAUACGCAGCGCUUUGCGCGACCAUUUUCGCCAUGCUUCAGUUCUUUGAAAUACUGUACAUAUAAUUCUCAUAUGAACUAAAUGAGCAUUGGUGUAGCCAGGGUCGAAUGUUGGGGAGGUGGCGAAACCACGAAUGACCUAGGGGGUCCGUCUAUCUCUAGGCUCGUUAACGCCAUUUCCCUCGUUCUGAUACGAGUUUUUAAAAGUAAUUGGAAGGUCAUAAAUCACAAAUCUGUUAUUUCUGGGAGCAAUAUUUACAAAUGUUUGUACAAGGUUUUCUAUAAUUAAUUACUAUUAAUUCGAUUUGACUCGUUGCUUACCUCACCUGACACACCCCCUAUCUUGCCGGAUUUGAACUUUUCACGAGAACGGUUUUGAAUAACAUUGGGGCGGGUACGUCAAUAAAACUGUAAGAACCUAUACUUCACGCGAGGUAUAACAACACAGUUUCGUUGUUUCAUGAACAAUGAUGAACGUAACUAUAUGAUAUAGCUUAAUAUUACUUUCAAAACUAUUUUUCUUUAGAUGGACUGGUGGCUAAGCCAGUGGGUCAUGCAUCAUCGGCAACAUAUGGACAUAUAGAGUCAUCUGCAGAACCCACGACAUCUGGAAGUCAGUUUCAACCUGGAGUGUGGGAUAAACAGUUAAAUACAGCACGGCCUGGUAACGAAGAUGAAACUGAGAAAUUUGAACCAGAGGGAUGGAAACCACCGUAAUGUCAAGAUAUUAGACAUAAAUACAAAUAUUUUUCAGAUUAUUAUGAAAACCAAACCCAAUAGACUUUACUAUUUAUUGUCGCAAUGGCCUCGUUUUCAUGUUCGCCUGUUUUAGCAUGGCAGUUGUGUUGUGAAAUGAAUUCCCGCCAUUUUUUCCUGAUUGUCGGGUUUCCAACGGAAAACUAAUUUCCACACGUCACGAAUUUAACUCAAACAACUUCAUUUUACUGCACUGAAUGAGAAGAUUGAGUUUCAAAAACUCAAUUCAAGAUUGAGUUUUGGGGGCCGUUUACGGUCCUAAAAAAUCCCUGAAAAAAACCUGCAUGACCAUGUCUCGGGCACGAAUAUGUUUCUCUUUGAUCUUGAGCCCAAUCAUAAACCUAUUCUAAUAUUCUUAACCCUACUGUGCACGAAGCAUGAAGAAGUAACAACAUGAAAACGAGGCCAUUGGGGCAAGAUUGCACUAAACAGUGCACUUAAAUCUUGAAGACUUGUUUCCAUUUGGCCGUGUCGUUGACUAGGCAUGUUACUCAUGGUAUUUCAAAGUUGACCAGUUUAAGUGACAAAAUGUUUGAACUUGUGCUUUAAUGAGAGCGACGCAGUUGGUCUGCUCGCCACUGCCAACUGUCGCGAUUCAGUUUCCCACUCCUCAAUGUGGUGUAUACGUAUAUAUUAGGUAUAUACUGUGCCGGAGUCUUGGGUGGGGAAAACGUGGUUUAAUAUUAGCUUUACAGUGUUUAUUUAUAUAAUACAAUGUACAACAACAGCCGAAUUCAUAUUAGAGACGGGAAACUCGUCUUAGACGGGAAACUCGUCUCAGACGGGAAACUCGUAUGAAUCCGGGGGCAGACGAGUUUCCCGUCCGAACUUUCCCGUCUAACUUACUCGUCUAAACGGACGGGAAAGUUAGACGGGAAUCUCAUCUAGACGGGAAACUCGUCUUAAAUUCGAAUUUAUCCGUCCCUAAAUUCAUAUUCAGACGGGUUUUCACAGACGAGUUUCCCGUCCCUAAUAUGAAUUCGGCUAAUAAAACCUUUCUUUGCUAAACAUGCAUAUAGUACAGUAGUACUGAUGGACUCCAAAAGUAUAAAUUCGAAGGUAAAUGAUUUCAAAUCGUGUUGGUUCCUGACAUGAACGAAAAUAAACCAAGUAAAAGCUUGAAGCAAUGAAGGAGUUCAUUUGAGAGGG